AUGUCUACUGCUAAAGAACGUCUAACACUUCUCAUUCCUUCUAUCGUGGUUGAAACCCUGGUGAUUAUCGCAUCUCGCAUGACUACAGAGCGUCCUGCGACAAUCUUUCUCUAUGCUUUUGGAGCCAACUUCCUCCUGCUAGCAAUAUGGAGGGUCUUCAUAUGGCCAUUCUUCUUCAACCCACUUAGACACCUGCCUACCGUCAGGGGCCCACUAAUCGGAGCAAAGGUUUUCAUGCUCCAUCCUCGCGGUAGUAUAACAAUAGACUGGCUCCGAACAGUCCCAAACGAAGGCCUAAUCCACUUCCGCGAAGCACUGAACUAUAGCUUCCUACUCGCAACAAACCACAGAGCUUUGAUGGAUGUCCUGCACACAAAUAGCUAUGACUUUGUUAAGCCGCCGGGCGGGCGGGAGUUCCUAGCUCGUGGGUUGGGAUAUGGACUCAUUCUUUCUGAAGGUGAUGCCCACCGUGCACAGCGGAAAGCUGUCACUCCUGCGUUCACUAUUAAGAAUAUUCGGGCUAUGUAUCCGCUUAUGUGGACAAAGACGCAGCUAUUUUUGAGUCAGCUUGAGAAGGAGAUUAGGAUGCAUGCUCUUCCUGGGCUGCAUAAUGCGAAUCCUGCUGGCUUUAUUGAGAUUGGGGGGUGGGCCAAUCGAUUGACUUUGGAUAUCAUAGGCCCUGCUGCGAUCGGCCGGGACUUCCAAUCAUUAGAAAAUGAGAACGACCCAGUCUCACAGAAUUAUUCCGCGAUUUUGAAGCCAUCUCCAGAUUUGAUUCUGCUUUUCGGUGCCUCGCUGCUCCUGCCGCAGUGGCUGGUGAAACUUAUUCCUUGCAAGGCUAAUAUUGUGCUCCCGCGGAAUGUGAGAUACCUGCGACAGGUAUUCCACGACAUUCUUCGUGAGAAGCGCAAAUUUCUCGAAUCCGAGAAGAGUGAACAGGAAGCCGCCGACGGCGAUAUCCUAGGCACCAUGAUGCGAGGCGGGGGGUUUAGUGACAGCGAGUUGGUGGAUCAGAUGCUUACAUUCCUGGCGGCUGGGCAUGAAACUACAGCCGGGGCGCUUACCUGGUGUUGUUACCACAUGUGUAUAGAGCCACAUAUCCAGGAUAAACUUCGUCAAGAAAUCCGCGAGACUAUCCCUUCCCCAGCUGCCUUGGUAUCUUGGCAAGACCUCGAAGGAAUGCCUUACCUCAAUGGCGUAUGCCAGGAAGUACUUCGUUUGUACCCCACAGUGCCAAUGACAGGUCGUGAAGCCAUCCGUGAAACGAUGGUCGCGGGGAAGAAAAUACCCAAGGGCACAACGAUCGCACUGUGUCCGCAGUCGAUUAAUCGUAGCCCGGAUUUCUGGGGCGAGACCGCAGAUCAAUUUUUGCCUGAGCGAUGGAUUGAUACUAAUCCCGAGACUGGCAAACAAUCCCCUAAUAAGCACGGAGGUGCAUCGACGAACUUUGCCCAGAUUACAUUCCUUCAUGGGCCGAGGGCGUGUAUUGGGAAGGAUUUUGCGAAGGCUGAGUUUCGCUGUGCGGUCGCGGGGCUAUUUGGUCUUUUCCAAUGUGCAUUGAAAGAUCCAAAACAGAAGAUUACAUUUGGAGGGACAUUGACCAGUCAACCUUUGGAGGGGAUGCAUUUGAAGUUGACAAAGUUAGGAGGGUGGGAGUAG